AUGUCAUUCUUUCAGAAUUUCAACACUCACUCCUUGAGAUCGACCAGAGGUUUCAAACUCAAGCAAUCGUCUCCUAUUUCCUCACCACAGCCCAUUUCCAAUAGUGCGUUCCCAUCGACUCCACAAAUACCUCAGCAGUAUCAGAAUAAUGAGGUCUUUCAAACCAUAAAAAGUAACAAUAAGCAACUUGAUUCCAAUGGCAAUGAUGCUGGUGGCCAGCCUGUAUCAUCACACCGUGAUAUUAGGUCUUACGCUGAGCAAACUCUUGGAUCAGACAAUGCGUUGAUCCAGGCAGUGAAACUCCCACAGGACGAGGAUCUCAACGAGUGGCUCGCAGUUCACCUGGUUGAUUUCUAUAACCAGAUCAAUAUGCUUUACGGAGCAAUAACAGAAUUUUGUUCACCUAUAACUUGCCCCAGGAUGAUUGCCACUGAGGAAUAUGAAUACCUCUGGCAAGAGUCAAACUCUUCAGCUAGUGGCUCCAGUGGCUCUAUCCUGCCCAAGCGUCCAGUUUCACUCCCUGCGAGCGAGUACAUUGAAAAUUUAAUGAAUUGGAUUCAAAAUUUUUUUGAUAACGAUAACAUCUUCCCUUCCAAGGUAGGAGCACCAUUCCCUCUGCAAUUCCAGGCUCUCAUAAAGACCAUUUUCAAGAGAUUGUUUAGAAUCUAUGCACAUAUCUACUGUCAUCAUUUCCACGAGAUCUCAGAAUUGGGACUUCAGAGUCACUUGAAUACCAGUUUGAAGCAUUUCGUUUUGUUUAGUAACGAGUUUCUGUUAAUCAGUACGAAGGAUUACGGUCCAUUAGACGAUUUGGUUGAUACAAUGAUCAGUUCUAGGUAG